AUGGCGGCAGAUACUAAGCCCAAUAUCUCGCCUCCUGUCGGAAAACCAUGCUCCUUACUCCGGGUACAGGGGACGGAUAUUGUAGACAGUGAAGGUGCCAAGGUUAUACUCAAGGGCGCAGGACUGGGUGGGCAUAUGAACAUGGAAAAUUUCAUCACCGGCUAUCCAGGACAUGAACAUGAACACCGAAAAGCAAUGCUGAAAGCCAUGGGGCCGGAAAAGUACAAGUUCUUUUUUGACCGAUUUCUCGACUAUUUUUUCACGGAAGCAGACGCCGAGUUCUUUGCCUCUUUGGGCCUGAACUGUAUCCGGGUACCAUUCAACUAUAGACAUUUCGAGGAUGACAUGAACCCUCGAGUCUACAAGGAGGAAGGGUUUGCCUUUCUCGACAGGAUCGUCCAGCGCUGCGCAAAGCACAAUCUCUACGUGAUCCUGGACUUGCACGCGGCACCAGGCGGGCAGAACCAGGACUGGCAUUCCGAUUCUGGCAUCAACAAGGCCCUCUUUUGGGAGUUCAAGGACUUUCAGGACCGCGCCAUUGAUCUAUGGGUUGAGUUGGCCAAACGAUAUCGUGGCAACCCUUUUAUUGCAGGGUACAAUCCGCUCAAUGAGCCAGCCGACCCCGAGCACACCAGACUGGUGGACUGGUACGCGCGUGUCGAAAAGGCGAUCCGAGCAGUUGAUGCGGACCACAUCUUGUUCCUCGAGGGCAACACCUAUGCCAUGGAUUUCACCAAGUUUCCUUCCGAGGCCCUGCCCAACUGCGUCUAUGCGUGCCACGACUACGCCAUGAUGGGAUUCCCCGUCCCAGAGCAAUUCGAAGGCACACCAGAGCAGAAGGAGAAGCUGCGGAGUCAGUUUGAGCGCAAGGCCGCGUACAUGAAGCAGCAAAAUGUGCCCAUCUGGAACGGCGAAUGGGGUCCCGUGUACGAAGAUCCCCUCAAGAUUGGCGUGGAAGCGGCUGCCACCAUUAACGCGAAGCGCUUUGCCCUGCUCAAGGAACAGCUCAACAUCUACCGCGACUCGAGCGCGAGCUGGAGCAUCUGGCUCUACAAGGACAUUGGCUACCAGGGAAUGGUGUACCUGGACCCCGAGUCUCCGUACAUGAAGCUCAUUGAGCCGUUCCUUCAGAAAAAGGCACAAUGCGCCCUGGACUUUUGGGGAUGGCAGGACAAUGGCGUCAAGCACAUUUACGACCCCUUCAUCGCGGCGCUCGAGGACAUGGUGCCGGAAAAGUACAGGAAGCGGCACUACCCGAACAUCUGGCCAUUUGCGCAGCACAUUACCCGGGCGGUGCGCAAUUGCGUGUUGAGCGAGUUCCUGAGCGACGAGUUUGCCGAGCUCUUUGCGGACAAGACGGAGGCGGAACUCGAGGCACUCGCGGGGAGCUUCAAGUUGGAGAACUGCGUCAUGCGAGACGGACUGAAUCAGAACCUCAGAGAAGACGCAAUCUUAUCCACGGCAGCAUGA